AUGGAUCCUCCUGUCGGCCCCGUGGUACCGGCCGGACCGGCAACGGCCCCGGCUCAUACCCCGCUUCACGGGCGGUACACGUCGCUUGUUCCGCUCCAAGUAUCGCACUCGGAAGCCAUCUUCAAGCAUCUCGGUCGCGGGGAUAACGCCCAUCGCUGGACGUACUUGUUUGACGGUCCCUUCCUCGAGUACGAGCAAUGCGAGGCUGCCAUCACCCAGUGGAGCGCCUCGAAGGACCCUCUAUACUUUGCCGUCUUGUCCGGCCCCGCGUCCGAGCCGUCGUCCGAACCGGUGGGUAUCAUGUCAUACUUGUCCAUCGUACCUGUACACAGGCGCAUUGAGAUCGGCUGCAUCAUCUUCGCCGAGCAGCUCAAGCAGACUCGGGCCGCGACCGAAGCCCAGUACCUCUUGAUGAGGCAUGCCUUUGAUGAGUUGGGCAACUUCCGGCUCGAGUGGAAGGCCAACCACCUCAACAAGCCAAGCUUGGCAGCUGCAGAGCGCCUUGGCUACGUAUACGAGGGUAUCUUUAGGAAGCACAUGGUCAUCAAGGGCAGGCGUAGAGACACGGCCUGGUUCAGUAUUACCGACGAGGAGUGGCCAGUGAUCAAGGGUGGCCUGGAAGCCUGGUUGAGCGAGGGUAAUUUUGACGAGAACGGCAAGCAGCGACAAACCCUGAAGCAGUGCAGAGAGUCAUACAAGGGGAGGGACAUACCUUGA